GGCGCUGUCGCUGCGGUCCGGCCUCGGCUGAAGCGGCCGUUUGCGGAGGGUGGUUCGCCGGCCCGGAGAGAAAUGGAGGCCGAGUGCAGGCGGUUCCAUUCCUAUGAUUUCGCGGCUGAUCAGGUGUUUCAGCGCAGCCUAAUGCAGCGCGGAGAGAAGACAUGGGGAUCGGAGGAGGGGUGGCUGCUGGAGACUAAAAUACGCUACUACUCCAGGUUUAUCAAACCCAUUGACCUUGAAGACUACAAAAGAUGGCUUUCCUCACAAGUUACUGAUCCAGAGAAUCAGAGUAACUUGGCAGUAGAAGAAGAUAUGACAAAUGCUUUUGAGAAGCUGCUCAGACAAACUACGAAUUUUUCAGAGAAAAAUGAGUAUUCAACUACAGUGGAGACCACUAAAAGCAGUCACAAACCAUGCAUAGGUCAGCAAACAAACAUGGAAGAUGCAGGAAUGCAUUUUCAAAUUAGUAAAGAAAUAAAAGGUAAAGUUUCUUACAAACCGACUGAAAGCAGUCAAAAAGAAGAAUGGCCCCAUGAAAAUAAAGCAGUUAGUUAUCUUGCCAAUCCUUCUGCUGUGACCACACCAAUGAUAGGGGAAAGCUGCAAUCUGUCUUUCCCUCAAGUUCUCCAUCUUGUGCAAAAUGGACAAGAAAUCCCUGGCAUUCAAAAAUUAAACAUUAUGUCAACCAAUAGUAUGCCUACAAUUUCACAAAUGGCAAGGAAGCCCAAACCUUGGGAAAGUAUCUAAUAUUUUUAUUGUACUAUAUAAUAUUGGAAAAUGUCUUUCAUAUAUAAUAAAGGCAAUGCAAUUUAAUUUAUGUACAGUAGCGAGUGGUUCAACUUUGAGUCCUUAUAAAGGUUCCAUUGUGAGGAAUGGACAUUUCAAGACGUUGAACUGCAGAGUACAGCUGAGCCAGAGUAUUCUUUCUUCUUGAGUGGUCAUAACAAUAAUUGGUGUUGUAUAUUAGGGAUGGGUGUAAGAGAGGAGAGGAAAGCAGAUGAUUUACAACAUGUGUACACGUUUCAGAAAUAUGACAUUGCACACUGUUAGUAUUGUUAACAUCGUCUGUACUGUGUAACAUCGAUGAUAAAUGUUGAUCAAUC